AGAGUAAAAUUUUACCUUGUUACCAGAUUCUGAAGAAGAUGUGGUUGAAACUCCUGCCGUCUCCCAUGAUGAACACACGCACCAAGAGAUAAAGGGCCAAAAAACGCUGGCAACUCCUGCAGUUCGCCGCCUUGCAAUGGAAAACAAUAUUAAGUUGAGUGAAGUUGUUGGCUCAGGAAAAGAUGGCAGAAUACUUAAAGAAGAUAUUCUCAACUAUUUGGAAAAGCAGACAGGAGCUAUAUUACCUCCUUCACCAAAAGCUGAAAUUGUGCUGCCUCCACCGAAAUCAAAAGAGAGAACCAUUCCUGCAGCAAUAUCAAAGCCUCCGGUCUUCGCAGGCAAAGACAGAACAGAACCCAUCAAAGGCUUUCACAAAGCAAUGGUCAAGACCAUGUCUGCAGCCCUGCAGAUACCUCACUUUGGGUAUUGUGAUGAGGUUGAUCUUACUGAACUGGUUAAGCUACGGGAAGAAUUAAAACCCGUUGCUUUUGCUCGUGGAAUUAACCUCUCAUUUAUGCCUUUUUUCUUAAAGGCUGCUUCCUUGGGAUUACUCCAGUUUCCUAUCCUUAACGCUUCUAUGGAUGAAAACUGCCAGACUAUAACAUAUAAGGCUUGUCAUAACAUUGGGAUAGCAAUGGACACUGAGCAGGGAUUGAUUGUCCCUAAUGUGAAAAAUGUCCAGCUCUGCUCCAUAUUUGAGGUUGCCACUGAGUUGAACCGCCUCCAAAAAUUGGGCUAUACAGGUCAGCUCAGUACCAUUGAUCUUACAGGAGGAACAUUUACUCUUUCCAACAUUGGAUCAAUUGGUGGUACCUAUGCGAAACCAGUGAUACUGCCACCUGAAGUAGCAAUUGGGGCUCUUGGAGCAAUUAAGGCCCUUCCCCGAUUUAACCAGAAUGGAGAAGUAUACAAGGCACAGAUAAUGAAUGUGAGCUGGUCAGCUGAUCACAGAAUUAUUGAUGGUGCUACCAUGUCACGCUUCUCUAAUUUGUGGAAGUCCUACUUAGAAAACCCAGCUUUUAUGCUACUAGAUCUGAAAUGAAAGUUAAUAGACAUCGUUGAACUUUCCAAGCCAAAAAAAUAGGUAGAGCCCAGCUAUGCAGCACAUGUUCUCCAUUACUAUUUGCAUUAUAAAUAAAUUGUGUUGUAUGAUCAACGUUCCAAGACACAGCGUUUAUCACUACUCCGUUCAACUUUUUACUGAAAAUGAAUGGUGUGAUAGUGCUCUGGGGGCUGUCAGAUUUAUAGGUUGUAGUCUGACUUACUACAGUGCUGCGGUCUUUGUGUCAAUGGAUUGAAACUAGCAAGAACAACAAAAUUAAUAUUACUAAAAGACAGAUAGCCAUAUGCAGUAUUUGCCCUAUUCUUUUUCUAUAAUUUUUUAUUUUAAACUGACUUUUAAUGAAACUUCUCAGUUACACUUAGUUGGGAAAAGGAAUUUACAUCCAAAAAUAUUUUCCAUUUCCCCACGAUAAUGCUAAGUGUUAUAUAAGUGCAAUUAUGCUCAUAUUUUAAGAUAUCCAGGAGUAUGUUGCUCUGUAGCAAUUAUCUGUAAAUGUCUUAUUUAUAUAAAUUAAUAUCUUUUAAAAGGGAAAAUCAUAAGCUGAUAUUAAAAAUGUCCAAUUAUAGUUUUAUAACCAAUAAGACUAUUCAAGAUGUUUGUUUAGGAUGGAUAUAUUUUUUAAAUUUUGGUAACAUUUUGGUGUUUUGUUGGGAGAAAAUGUCUCCUUUGCAAACUUGCUUCAUGUAAGGAAGGUACUUUAAAUGUAGUAGCCACUGACAUUAUCUUACAUUCUGACAUCCACUGCCUCUUAACUUUUUUUAACUUUCUUGGGCUUUGGUUAAAAAAAAGAAAUUAAUGUCUAUUGUAUUCUCCAUCUCCUGAGAAGGAAUGUGAAUAAAAGGAGAAAGUCUAAUAGGUACUUAUGGACAUUAAAGUAAAAUGAUAAAUUUUAUACAGGAAUUAAAGUAUCAUCACGAUCAUUUUGUUAGAGGCCCAUUUUAAUCAGAAAUAGCAUGAAGAUGAGUAUAAUCCAGCAUUUUGGUUUGCAUUCAGAAAUCCAGUUUGUUUCUAAUAUUGUCUAAUUGAAUAGUAUAUAAUCAAGUGAAGUUUUUUGACAGCAAAAGAAGUUGUUUUAAUGUCUGCUUGAUAUUUUUCAAAAUGGAAAUGAUGUAUAUAUAAAUUAGAAAAUAAUCAAAUUAACAUUUUUAUUUUUAAAAUUUAGAUAAUAUGAAGGGUUACAAAGAAAACAAAAUCAUCCAUAAUUAUACCACUGCUGCCAUUUUGAUCAAGGUAUCUACAUACAUAGCUUUUCUUUUUAUAAAAAUGGGAUCAUGCUUUAUCUACUAUUGUAUAAUUUGAUUUUUUUAAAUUUAACAUUAUAUUAUGAGUAACUUUACAUGUCAAUAAACAAUUCUACAUUAUCAUACCUUU